AUGGCGUGCGGGAGCUGCUGGGCAUUUAGUGUGGUAGGCGCCAUGCAAGCGGCCAAGGCCAUCGCAGGCAUGCCGCUGGAGGAGCUGAGCGUGCAGCAAGUCAUCGACUGCUGCUUUCGAAAUGGAGGCUGCAAUGGAGGCUCCCCAACCAAAGCUCUCCUUUGGUUGCAGAGGACCAGAAUGAAUCUGGUGCCACAGUCUGAGUACCCCUACAAGGCCAAGAAUGGAAUGUGUCACUUCUUCUCCUAUCCUAAAGUGGGCGUUGCCUUGAGAAACUUCACCACCUUCGACUUCAGUGGUCAGGAGGAGGCAAUGAAGGCAGAGCUGGUGGAGAGGGGUCCUCUGUCUGCUGUCGUGGAUGCUGUCAGCUGGCAAGACUACUUGGGAGGAAUCAUCCAGCACCACUGCUCCAGUCACUGGCCCAACCACGCCGUGCUGGUGGUGGGAUAUGAUGCCACGGGAGAAAUUCCCUUCUGGAUAGUGCAAAAUUCCUGGGGCACCGACUGGGGAAACGAGGGUUAUGUUUACGUCAAACUCGGCAGCAAUCUUUGCGGCAUCGCGGAUUCUGUGGCAGCCGUGUUGGUUUGA